UACAACUGUUAAGUAUUCUAAGUAAUUAUUAAUGCAUAAUAAUUAAUUAAGGAAUAGUCAUAAUGAUUUGAUUGUAUAUGUAAAGAUGAAGUAUAUAGUUGAAAUGAAUGAUCUAUAAAACAUGUAGUGUAGACCCUAUAAAUAGCGAAUAGUUUAGAAUGCCCUUUCGUGCGGUCAUUUAAAUCAGGAAUGUUCGUUGAUUCGUUCAGUGGUAGCAGUUCUGUUGGCAAUUCUAUUGAAUGCUAUCCUCAGGUAUGCCUAGGUUGGUGUGCAUGGCAUUUAAAUGUCCCUACGAACGUUAGUGUUUUAGAUCUAUCUAACGCAUGCGCGAUCCGAAUUGCGCCUGCGAAAUUCAGUUGCUGCCGUGAAGCCGAUAUAUCCUCUGUAUUAAGUGAAAUUUUAGUGUUGUACACAACAGAAGUUCUAAUGAAUUAUGCCAUUCAUCGAAACAAAUUGAUCUCUAUUGACUUUGGCAUUUCCUAUAUAGAUUAAUGUCGAAUUAGUGGUGCACGUGUACUUUUAAAUUGCAUGUUUACGUACAUGUGCUGUUCUCUAGUUUUCCCUCCAAACUUGUUAAAUAAUCAUGCCUCUGCUCAAGAAUCGGACGCUGGAAAAGGCACCCAUAUCGGAAUUCCUCAGGGACAAUGAGGAGGUUUUCCAUUGCGAGAUGACCAACGAAAUCUUCAGAGAUUACGAUGACUUUGCGGAAAAGACGAUUUUAUGUAAUUCCAUGGUAUGGACCUGCUCUGUCACUGGGAAGGCUAAUCUAACAUAUGAGGAGGCUCUCAGGAGUGAGAACAGUGCCAAAAAAAUGCUUGCUACCUUUCCAGAACACAUGAAAAUCCCAUUACUCUACAUUGCAUCCUUAACAAAAAGGAGCUCAUUUAAAGACAUGGCAGAUGAUAUAUUUUCUUUUGUGAAGAGGAGAUAUUUUGUGGGUGAACAAGUGGAUGCUAUGCUGGUGAAGAGAGAUUGGCAAACAUGCAAAGUAGUUAAAGUUAUUGCACCAUCAAAGGAAGAACUGGAAGCUUACAAGAAUUCACCAGAGGCAACAAGCAACUCUAAUAACAAUGAAAGCUUUCUACCACCUGUCUUAUAUAAAUAUAAAUUAAUAGUAGUAAAGGAUAAUGCUACAAGUAAUGUGUCUGAAACUAGUAUUGUCAAGUUUUCAAACAUUAGAAGGAAGCCUUUCAUUUACACAACUGAGAGCAACAAAUUAUUCUUGAAGCAGUACAUUGAAUCUAGCAAAGGUGGAAAUUUGGUUUUGAAACAAUCAGCUAUAGAUUUUUAUAAUUUGAAUUCUGUGAGCUUUGAUGCCAUAUUUGAUGGGCCUGGGCCAGAGUUCAAAAAGACUAAAAAAGUGAGACAGGAGACAAUUGCCAGCUUUCUGACGAAAAAUAAACUCAUUCCAAAAGAAACUACCGAAAUUACAAAACCUAAAUUAUCGAAGUCUGAAAUUAUAUCGAUGUAUAAGGAAUGGUCGACUGUUAAAGACGAUUUGCUUCUAGAAGAUCAGAAGAUUAUACCAAAGGCAACGCCAAUAACCUCUUUAAUUCCUGAAAAUUACUUGGGAGAUGCUUUAUGCAUACUAGAAUUUAUGGCAGAGUUUUCAACAAUUCUUGAAACUAGGAAUUACUUUCCAGGAGGCAUGUCUUUUAAAGAAAUGGAAAGAGCAUUACUUGAAAAGAAGCCUGGGAGUCCGUUAGUUGAUAUUUUACAGCUAAUGAUUAAUUCCAUAUUUGUUAUGCAAGAAAACGAGCAUGCAAGGUACAGAACCACAUACAAGAAGAAAGUCGAUGGCAUUUCUGCGAUAAAUAUGGAAAAUGAAUUGUCUCUAACGGAUUCAUCUAAAUUGGCGAACGUAGCUUACCGCUGGUGUUGGAGAUAUCACGGCGCGGCUUUAAGAGAUUUUCCAGUUUUGAAUUUGACGGUAUCAGAAAUCCUGCGAUUGCAUUUAAUUAUGUCGGGUGGAGUGGUGAGCGAAACUUGUUCCAGUUGGCGCAAAGCCAAUCGCGGUGGUUUCCGAUCAGAAGAUGAUCCGGCCAUACACUUCCGUCUCCAGAAUCCACACAUUAUUAAACAUUUGUCAUCGCAAAGUGUAGUCGAAUUAACGAUAGGCGACAAAAUUAAACUUAUAACGUGUCUGAUGGAUCAGUUGUUAACAUACGAGGAAUUUAGGACAGCAGCUGAGAAUGUACGGGAACAGGUGCGGUCGUUGAAGAUUGAAACGAAGAAUCUCCAGAUAGCUGAGAAGAAGCAAAUCCUGGAGUCGACGGACAAAAUCAACAAACUAAAGAAAGGCGGCUCUUUCAAUCCUACGCUCGAUAAGGAGAUACAAGAAUUGGAAACUGAGUUGGAAAAUUUUAAAAGCGACACUGAAUACAAGAUAAUUGACAACAAUCAGAGUCUUAUACGAAGUACCACUCACGUUGGAUACGACCGCGGUUUUCGGAGGUAUAUAAAAUUGAAGUCGUUGAAGGGUUUGUACGUGAACAGUGAUGAGUUAAAUGCUGGCACUUGCCUGCCGGAACCUACAAGACAUGUUCCGCAGUUAGUGAAUGCAGAGAAGGAUGAGGUUAUGAAGUAUUUAAGUAAAUCCAGUGAAGAAAUGAAUACGAGUGAUAAAGAAAACGAGCCUUCGGUUAAAAAGGAAAACGGUUGCAGCGAAGCUAACGUUGAGAAGGGAAGUUCAACUGAUGAAUUACUGAUGUGCUCCUCAGAUCCCGCCACUUGCGUGAUACAUUCUAAGAAAGACGGUUCCUCUUGGUCGUUUUUCACGGAACGAGAGCAAUUGGAUGAAUUGAUAAACAGUAUGAACGUGCGUGGAGUUCGCGAAAGUGAUUUGAAGGAAGCUCUGUCUAAUGGUCGAGAAUUCCUCGCCAAGUACAUUAAGACUACUCCCCUGAAAUACUACGAAGACACAAAACCGAUUGAAAGUACGAAGAAAAGUAAGUCGGUUAAUAAAAAUGAAGAUAAUUUUGGGUAUCCUGACAAUAUGCCUAUUAGGGACGUUAUGUGCACUGAACUUGUUUUAACCAUAUUAGAAUUUGAAGACAAAUUAUAUUCUGGUGGUAUCGGCGGUAUAAAUCAUUCCAUGCGAGCGGAAUGGAGAGAGCUUCUGGAAAAAAUGGAUUUCGAUAAAAUGGAUCUCACUGUACAUAAGCAUAGGGAGUAUGAUGAUUUAGUUGCAAAUGUAUCAGACGAUGAUGAAGGCGAAGCCUCAGACCAAAUACCGGAAGUAAUCUAUAAAGAUCCAGCAGUAUAUCUGGGAAAGAACAAGGAUAGCAUUGAAAUGAAUGGCGUUGUUGAAGAGAAAGAGCUGCAAACUAUUAAACAUUUAGCAACUACUUUGAUGCAAGUAGCUUACACUAUAUUUCCGGAUAAUCUCCGAAGACCAAUGGGUCGAGUUGUAACUAAAUCUGCGAAUAAGAUGAAUAAUGUUUUUAAAAAUUUAAUUUUAAAUUGGUCGACGUCUUUGCUUGCAUCCACUAGUUUCAGUCAACUAUAUCUGCAUUUCUAUACGCUCGAUGAUUGCGUAAUGUGGAAUAAGACUGUGUCAUGUCAAAUUUGUCGGAAGGCAAAAAAUUUAACCCAAAUGCUGCUCUGCGACGAUUGCAACAGUGGCUAUCAUUUGUAUUGUCUCAAACCAAAAUUAUCGGAAGUACCUGAAGGUGAAUGGUUUUGCAAAAAUUGUAUUAAACAAAGGGAGGAGGAGGAAAGGAGAAACUCAGAAGCGGCUAUAAGAAAGAAAGAGGCUUUAGAACGAAGGAAGAAGCGGGAAAGUGGUAAACUUGAAAAAGAAGCAGAGGAAGUAGAAUUUGGUUUUGGAUCUGAUUCCAACGAUGAAGAGGAACCUGUGAAUUGCACUAAGUGCGGGGACUUUGAAGGGGAUGAAAUUUUGAAAUGCGAUGAAUGUCCGAGGGCUUAUCAUCUUCUUUGCCUUGAUCCUCCACUUAGAAGGAUGCCAAGAGGGAAAUGGGUCUGUAAUGGUUGCAAGGAAUUAGAAAGUUCUAAACGUUAUAAGUCAGAACAUGUAGAAGGUAUACGUCGUUCGAAUAGGCAUGAAGUGGAGAAUCGUUCGGAUUUGCCUUUGCACAAUGUAGCUUUGCAAGAAUUACUCGUGGAUGUUAUGAAACAUAAAGAUGCCUGGCCGUUUACGAGGCCCGUACAGAAAAUCGAGGUACCUGAUUACUACACUGUAAUUUCGAAGCCAAUGGACUUUGGUACGAUAAAGUACAACCUGAAUAUGGGCAAAUAUAAGUAUGAUGCAGAGUUCAUGGCGGACGCACAACUCGUUUUUGGUAAUUGCAACGCUUACAAUUCAUCAGAUGCGGAAGUGUACAAAUGCGGUGAGAGAUUGUUGAAGUACUUCUCGAAAAAAUGCAAUGAGCUGAACUUGAGGAGACCUUCUGAUAUGAACAUUAAUGAAGAGCAGGACGAGGAACCGGUCAACAAGAAACGGCGGAUGAUGUAAUCCGUUAUUGAUUUUUGUUUUCAAUUUUUUUUCCAUUUUGGUAUCAAUUUAGAUGAAAUUGC